GUUUCUCUUUCUCUCCACCCAGCUUCUCUUUCGUUUUCGCUUCGCGCCUCAACCGUUUCACGGAAUCGACGCCUUUGCAAAUUCUCCCCUCCAAACUCGGGUCAGCCCUUCGGACGUGCACAAAAAAACCCGAUUUUUUCCUUCCUCCUCCUCCUGAUGGCCACCCUAGAGGUCUCUCCCGUGUGCGAGGCGCAGGUGAACUCCUUCAAGGAGAACCUUUGCGUCCAGGCUGAAGAACUUGUUGCCAAAAGAUUUCCUGAGAAAGUUGUAGAACUCAGUAAUUUUCUGAAGGCCCCUGAAUUGAAUGUGGCAGACCUGCUUUCGCUUCGUGCCGAAUUAGAUAUCCCCGUGCCGGAUCCCAAAAAGGACGAGGAACGUCGCAAACAGCGGGAGCAGAAAGAAGAGAAGGAGGAGAAAAAAGAAGAGAAGACUGCUAAGAAGGCAUCAGAGGAUGAAGAGAAAGCUCCACCGUGUGGCCCAGUUUGCCACAAUGAGAAAAUCACCGCUCUGCUGAACCGCGUCAAACCGGAAAUCCAGGGAGCCAAGGAGAAACUGAAUGUGAUAUGUCUUUGGCUGCAGCUCCUCGUACCCCGGAUUGAAGACGGGAAUAAUUUCGGGGUUGCAGUGCAGGAAAAAGUGUAUGAACUGUUGACUGCUGCUCGGACGAAGCUGGAAGGGUUUCAAACACACAUCUCCAAGUAUUAUUCUGAACGGGGCGAUGCCGUUUCCAAAGCCGCCAAAAGUCCCCACGUGGGCGACUACCGCCAGCUGGUCCAUGAGAUUGACGAAGCGGAAUAUGCCGAAAUCCGUUUCAUGAUCAACGAAUUGAGAAACAUUUACGCUGUGAUCUAUGACAGCGUCCUGAAGAAUUUUGACAAGAUUAAGAAACCCCGGGAUGAAAACAAAGGGAUGAUUUAUUAAAUGGCUUAGCCAGUAAUCAGGAGUAAAUGUGAAUGGGGUCACUUCCCGGACCCCCCCCCCUUUUUUUUUCUUCCCUGAUCAACUCGAUCCUCUUGAAAUAAACAGUUCUUUAAA